AUGAGGGACAACGACCUGGACAAAUCUCCGUCGCCGGGAGAGGAGAAAAAGAGCCGCAGCAGGAGUCUGAGCAACUCCAGCAACGGCAGCAACUUGAGCAAAAAAAGCGACAGGAGCCGGAGCAGGAGCUCUUCGAAGUCGCGGUCGAGGUCGCGAUCGAGAAGCAGCGAAAUCGACGGCUUCAGGCUCCACAUCGCCGAUAUUGGCGACGAAGUAAGAAAAAGCGACCUGGAAAAGGUGUUCUCGCCUUUCGGGGAGCUCAAGGAAGUCUGGAUGACGAACAGCACCCCGUGCUUCGGUUUCGCCGUUUACAAGGAGAAAAAAAGCGCCAGCGCCGCCCUCAAAGCCACCGAUGGAGUGGAAGUGGCUGGUUGUAGAAUACGUGUUACUCACGCCAGGCCACGAACCCGUGGCUCUGGGAGAAGAUUCUACAACUCCAAUAUGAGAUGUUAUCAAUGUGGAUAUUCCGGACAUUUCUAUAGGGACUGUCCGGAAUUGAAUGGAGGUGGAGGCGAUAAACGGGACAGAGGGCACAUGGUGUUAAAUUUAAUGGUUUGGUUAAACUAUAUUUAUGGAUAUGUUUGAUGGUUAUUUGGUUGGUAAUCCAAAAAAAUUGGGCUCUCGCAAAAAUCUCAAUGAUUGGUUUGGUGAAUUUUGGCGUGGAAUGUAGUUCUCUCUCUCUAAAAAAAAGUUACAAAAUUCACGGCAUAAUCGGUUGAGUCUGUGGUCUUGAUUGGUGAAUAUUUUUAGCUACGAUUCGCACUACGACCGCUCGCGAAGACACGGUGGCGGUGGCGGUAGGGACCGCGGUCGCGAUUACGGCGGCAGGGACUACGGCCGUGAUUACGGCAGGGACUACGAUAGGGACUACGACAGGAGGUCGCACCGCUCCUCGAAACGUUACGACGAUUACAGGAGCUCGAGGCGUAGCAGUGGCGGCGGCGGCGGCGGCGGUGGCGGUAGAAGGCACCGCUACUAAACGAGUAAAAAAAAAUCACGCAGAUCGGGUCGUUUCGCGUGAAAUCGUCGAAUCGGCAGUCAGUUGACGUUGGAUUUUUCUCAAACUUUGCGGCGGUUUCUUUGGGGUCUCAAUAUCCGCCAGGAUUUAAUUUCGCCUGCGCCGGUUUGUCUUUUAACUCUAAAAUGCCAUUUAUAGUUAUGUAAAAACGUAAAGCAUACAAAUUUUGCGCCACGCAAAGUUUGAGCAAAAUCUAAAACAGUGCAGCAACAAUUUUUCUUUUUUUUGACGAUCUCAUAGGACGACUCGACCGAGUUAAUCAGGUGAAAUUUUAUAAGCAGUAUUCAAUUUUAAUCACUCUUACAACCGCCGGAAAGCUUUUAAAAAUCACGUUCAAAAUGUUAGGAAAUUAUCGUGUUGGUGUUUUUUUAUAUGCAAAGAAAUUGUACAAAAUGGCCUACACACACGAAAGUCUUUCCAGUGGUGUGGAUUUUAAAACGAUUUUCAUCUGGUUAAAAAAACACACUAGUAGUAUGCCUAC